CAGCCUGCGGUGAGGCGACCCUGGCCCUUGGGGCUCGCGGCAUGGCGCGGGGGAGCGGGUGGCACUGAGCGAGCCUUUCCGACUGACCCUCGGCAGCCGCUGCAGCCGGCCGGCCUCUGAAAGGCCCGGCGCCGGCCCUGCACUCGCCUUGUUUUGCGGCCACGACGCAGGGCUGUUCUGGGAGCCACAACAAUGCCAUGAUGUUUUGGAGACAGGAAGCCCCAAGCUGGCCGCGAAUGAAGGACUUCCUGUGUUUAAAGUUGCAGGAAUAUCCGCCGACCAGCUCAGUUCAAAUGCAAACACCCGAACUAGGGAGGACGAAUGGCUAAUUCAGACCAGCUGGGCUCCUCAGGGCUGGAACUAAGGGUAAAAUGAAAGGAAUUCUUAGGAGCUUGGGCCAUACUUGAAGACCAGAGGGGCUGUGCCAUUGUUACUAAAGGACACAAUCGAUAUUAAUCCUCUGUUUCCAACUCUGCUCGGGUGAGAAGUGAGUGGAACUAGAUAUUGAAUAAGACUUGUCAAUAUGAGGUGAUUUUUUUAAACUGACUGAAUUAGAAAAAACAGUGCUCUUUAAAAAAAAAAGCCAUACGAAGAAUUAUUUUGCUUGUUGAUUACGCUAUACCAUUUAUCUGUCUGCAACUAUGAGGCUGCUAACCUGUGAGGAAGAAGCUGUUCCUCUUAGAGCUUCUCCCAGAAUGAUUUCAAAGUGGGACUUCCAGGCCUUUCUGGAGGGAAGAUCCAGUUGGUGGUUUGAAGUUAUGAACAUGUAAAAGGAUUUUUAACUUAUGCAGAAUGCAUUUUGGGGGAACCUGUGAAAAACUUUUAAAAAGUUGAUCUUUCAUCUUGAUUGAAAAAGUAUGGGUAAGCCACUCAGCAGGCCGGACUGUUUAAGGCAGAACCCCACCUGCCUGGGGAAAGGAGAGGAAGAGGAUGGCUAUAUCGAGGAUUGCUAUGUUCCGCAGAGAUCUAUAUAUGAUACAAUGAGGAUCAAUGAACAAAUUGACCAGGGGUCAAAGCUUAAUCAGACUUCGAAAAGCACCAUGGAAAAGAUGGAAGGAAGUACUAUAUCCAGCAAUGGUACGUUAGGAGCAGCAUCUAAUGUAUUUGAAUCUAGAGCACCAGAAGGCAAAAAGUUGGAUGAGAGAAUAAUAUUUGAUGCACUAAAGCUAAGCAGUGAUGUGCAGAAGUCAGCACCUGUGCCACCCAGGAGGCGGCCAAAUGCAGAACGCAAAGACAAUGUUAACAGGAGAUCAUGGAAGUCCUUUAUGCCACCCAAUUUCCCAGAAUUUGCAGAAAGAAUGGAAGCUUCUCUCAGUGAAGUUUCUGAAGCUGGUGCUUCAAAUCCUUCCUUGCAAGAGAAGAAGGAGUCAAGUUCUGCAUUAACAGAAAGUUCUGGUCAUUUGGACCACAGGGAACCUCAGUCAGAGUCAGUAACUCUGGAACACAUGUCCAGAUCCAUAGGUAUUCCAGAAGUGCAGGAUGUGAAAAAUUUAGGUGGAGGCUGCCAAGACUUCAGAUUUCAGCAGCACAGUGAGAGCUCUCCCCGUGAAUUCCAGCCUCUAGAAUCAGAAGCUGUAGCAGCAAGUGGUAACACAGAUGUAAUGCAGGAACACAGAUUCUCAAGUGCAACCUGGCCCAGAGCCAUGAAAAGUUUGACUAAGGGAAGCUUUAGCGAGAAGCAGCACCCUCUUGGGGACACAGCUUGCACUGUAGAAAUGCCACCUCUCUCCCCUUGCCUUAGUGAGGAACUGUUGGAUCCAGAAUUGCAUAUUCUCAUAACCCCCAGCCUGAGAGAGAAAACAGAGUCUGAGCUAAAGUUUGAGGAGGAUGAGCGAUGGAUCAUGAUGGAGGCUGAGGAGGAGUGGGAGGAAGAGAAACUAUCAGAGAGAGGAAAGACUUUUCUAAUGGCAGAUGAGGAAAAGAACAGCUUGGCAGAUAUUUUCAGAGAAAGAGAACCAGCAAACCCUGUAGCAGUGGUGGAGGAUGAAGCCGAUAGUUCACCUGCUGUCUUGGGGGCUUUUGACCACCUAGCUCUUGGUCAGAUCUGUUGCUCUGAUGAACCGCAGUCAUCUACGAACUGUUUGGCUUCUGUUCUCAAGGAUGCACCUCUUGAUUACAGUCGUAUUCUAACAGGUGAGAAUGCUGUCGGAGAGCUGAGAAACAGAACUGGUCACGGGCUAGAGGGCCUUGGUUUGGAUUUAGAAUGCACUGUUGAUCCUGCUGAUUCAGAGCAGCUCUCUGACACAGAUUCAGUGCAGAUGUUUCUUGAACUUGAAAAGGAGUGUUUAUAUGAAGAAGGAGUAACUCCUCUAGUUGAGCUGGAGAAUCAAACCUCUUCUGAAGGGCUGGCCCCAUCCCAGGAUGCAGAAAAUUCACUUGUAAUUACUCAUUUUCCAGGGGCUGCCCUAGAAAAGGAACAUGUAGGUCUUUUAAAUGUAGGGGCAAAGGACUCUGAUCCUGGGUUGGAUGGUGAAUAUUUUCAUGCCCUGAAUUCUUCUCAGGUGCCUAAUGCUGUGGAGCUUGCUGCCUACUCUGAUACCGUGAGGGAUGCUUCCACUGUUUGUGAGAAGGAGGGUGAAAAAGUGCCUUUUAGCCCCCAAACUGCAGGGGAAUUUAAGUUUAGAGACCCAGCUGAUCUGGAGUCACCGGGAAAGCCAGACCCAGGAGGAUUGGCCAACUCUGAUCAUAGGGCUUCUCAUGAAGAAAACAUAUUAGGCUUCAAAGCCGAGCUGGCCAAAGAAAAUGGCAGUUUGUCCCAAGUGGACUGUAGUGAAGUUGAGAGGGAUGCUGAGGAGUGUGUGGAGAGGGCCCCCCUCAGUUCUGCCAUUAGCAGUGAACUAACAGGUGUUACCUCAGGAUCUGAAGUAGACGUGUUGUAUGAUUCGCAUUUACUAACAGAUAAGAGUCAUUUGGAAGGUAAGAAAAGAGCUAUUAAUCAAGACAGUAACAGUCUGACUUCCUUGGGAGAUGUGGACCCUUGUGAACUGUUGUUCAUGGAAGGAGUUUGUGAUGAGGAUGGAGAAGCACGGGCGCUGGGUUAUGAAGCCAGGCUGGAGGCCCCUGCCUCAGCACAUCUUCAUCAAGGCCUCCCAGAGUCAGAGGUCCUGAGUCUGCACCUGCUGGUUGGAGGACUGGGACAUAGUAGAGAUGGAGUGGAAGCUGUGAAUAAUGCAAAGCCCAAGUGGAAUGUGGCCUCCUUGGAGGGAGGGGAGACAGAAAUGAAAGACUCAGAUCCAUUGCUAGGUAUCUCCCUGGAGGAACAAGUUACCAAGGCUAGUACCUCGGAACCAGUUUUGGAGGAAUGGGUACCCAUCCCACAGAAGCCUGCCCCAGCUGCUGCGGUGCCCACUGUAGAAGACGAUGCCCUAGAUGCUGCAGUGCCUGCCCCGGAGGGAACUGCUGUGGCUGCUAUUACAGUGCCCUUCCCAGAGGAGGACGUACCAGUUGUUUCAGGAGCCACCAUAGAGGCACAUGUCUCAGCUGUUUCAGUGGUCACUGUGGAGGAUGCCCCAGCUGCUGCCGUAUCAGCCACAGAGAGGGCUGCUGCCCCAGCUGUUGCAGUGCCUGCUCCUGAGGGGACUGCUCCAGCUGCUGCAGUGGCCGUCACAGGGGAGGAUAUGCUAGCUGUUGCAGAGUCCUUCCCAGAGGGAACUGCUCUGGCUGCUGCAGUGGCCAUCACCCAGGAUGAUGUCCCAGAGAGGCCUGUCACCCCAGCUGUGGCAGUGCCUGCUCCAGGGGAGCCUGAUACCCCAACUGUUAGAGUGCUUAUCCCAGAGGGGCCUGCAGCCCCAGCUACUGCAUUGCCCACCCUGGGGGAGCCUGUCACCCCAGCUACUGCACUACCCAUCCCAGGGGAGACUGCAGCGCCAGCUGCUGCCGUGCCCACUCUGGGGGAGCUUGCCACCCUAGCUACUGCCUUGCCCACUGCAGGGGAGCCUGCAACCCCAGCUAGUGCAUUGCCCACCAUGGGGGAUCUUGAUACCCCAGCUGCUGCAUUGCCCACCCCAGGGAAGACUGCAGCGCCAGCUGCUGCAGUGCCCAUUCUGGGGGAGCCUGCCGCCCUAGCUACUGCAUUGCCCACCACAGGGGAGCCUGCUGCCCCAGCUACUGCAUUGCCCACCCUGGGGGAGCCUGAUAACCCAGCUGCUGCAUUGCCCACCCCAGGGGAGCCUGCAGCCCCAGCUGCUGCAGUGCCCACCCUGGGGGAGCCUGCAGCCCCAGCUAGUGUGGUGCCCACCCCAGGGGAGCCUGCAGCCCCAGCUGCUGCAGUGCCCACCCCAGGGGAGCCUGCAGCCCCAGCUAGUGCGGUGCCUACCCCAGGAGAGCCUGCAGCCCUAACUAGUGUGGUGCCCACCCCAGGGGAACCUGCAGCCCCAGCUAGUGUGAUGCUCACCCCAGGGCAGCAUGCAGCCCCAGCUGCUGCGGUGUCCACCCCAGGGGAGCCUGCAGCCCCAGCUGCUGCGGUGCCUACCCCAGGGGAGCCUGCAACCCCAGCUAGUGUGGUGCCCACCCCAGGGGAGCCUGUAGCCCCAGCUGCUGCGGGGCCCAUCCCAGGGGAGCCUGCAGCCCCAGCUAGUGUGAUGCUCACCCCAGGGCAGCAUGCAGCCCCAGCUGCUGCGGUGCCCACCCCAGGGGAGCCUGCAGCCCCAGCUGCUGCAGUGCCUACCCCAGGGGAACCUGCAACCCCAGCUAGUGUGGUGCCCACCCCAGGGGAGCCUGUAGCCCCAGCUGCUGCGGGGCCCAUCCCAGGGGAGCCUGCAGCCCCAGCUAGUGUGGUGCCCACCCCAGGGCAGCAUGCAGCCCCAGCUGCUGCGGUGCCCACCCCAGGGGAGCCUGCAGCCCCAGGUAGUGCGUUGCCCACCCCAGGGGAGCAUGCAGCCCCAGGCUGCUGCGGUGCCUACCCCAGGGGUAACCUGCAACCCCAGUAGUGUGGUGCCCACCCCAGGGGAGCCUGUAGCCCCAGCUAGUGUGGUGCCCACCCCAGGGCAGCAUGCAGCCCCAGCUGCUGCGGUGCCCACCCCAGGGGAGCCUGCAGCCCCAGGUAGUGCGUUGCCCACCCCAGGGGAGCAUGCAG